AUGGAAAUGUCAUUCUCGAGUCAUAGAGCUAGCUAUGAAGCUAAGGAUGAUGGCAUUAAGAGGUCCCUCGAGGUUUUAGGCCCUCAAAGGUUUCUGCUUGAAGGUCCUGUGAUCUCUUCUUCUUCUAGUCCUUUGAAGAAGAGAUCAGUCGAAUCGGGCCUGAGUUCUUCUAGUGAGACGAGCUCCAACCACCGAGCUGCUGCAGUGGAACUAGAGAAGGUCUACAAGUGCUUUUGGACUCGAAGAAGGCUUUCAGAUUGUGCCGAAGAACAGCUUUGUUGGAAGUUGUUGGAUUUUGUGUUGCUCAAGCUAAGUUCAGUGUCGUUUUUCGAUAUCAAGGAACCAGAAACAGCAAUCUCUCGAUGGUCCCGGGCAAGAACCAGGGCUGCUAAGGUUGGCAAAGGUUUGUCCAAGGAUGAGAAAGCUCAGAAACUCGCCUUGCAGCAUUGGCUAGAAGCAAUCGAUCCCCGACAUCGGUAUGGCCACAAUCUCCAAUUCUACUAUGAGUGCUGGCUUCAGUCUGAGAGCAUGGAGCCAUUCUUCUAUUGGCUUGAUGUUGGAGAAGGAAAGGAGGUUAAUAUCAAAGAACAAUGCUGUCGAUCGAGGCUUCAACAGCAGUGCAUCAAGUAUCUUGGCCCUAAAGAAAGGGAGGCUUAUGAAGUUGUGAUUGAGGAUGGAAAGUUCUUGUACAGACAGAGCAGGCAAUUGCUGAACACAUCUGAUAGUGCUAAAGAUGCUAAAUGGAUUUUUGUAUUGAGCACAUCAAAGAAAUUAUAUGUUGGCCAGAAGAAAAAGGGCAAAUUUCAGCAUUCCAGUUUCCUUGCUGGAGGAGCUACAUCUGCUGCUGGUCAAUUAGUUGUAGAAGAUGGAACUCUCAAGGCUGUGUGGAGUCAUAGUGGGCACUACCGACCGACAGAAGAGAACUUCAAAGAAUUCAUGAGUUUUCUUGUGGAGAAUAAGGUUGAUCUUGUCGAUGUUGGGGUGACCAAGUCACAUAAAGGUUCUAGUGGAGAGUAUCAUGAAUUCAGUCAUGCACUCAAAAAUAACAACUCUGGAUUACAAUUCACUGAAAAAGAAAUCAGCUAG